UCUCUCGGCAUGGCGGAGAUGAAGGUGCUCUGUCUGCUGUCUCAUAACAUUUGUUUUUCACUGUGAGGAGUAGUCGGUUGCUUUUGUUGUCGGUUAACCGCACUGCACAGUUCUUUCCUCCGGUUUCGGGCCGCAAUGGCGGAGCGCGGUGUGGAUGUGUCCGCUCUCCCACAAGAGGUCCGAGAGCAGCUCGCUGAGCUGGACCUGGAACUGUCGGAGGGUGACAUCACACAAAAAGGAUACGAGAAGAAGAGGGCCAAAGUUUUAGCAUCCUACUUGGUACAAACACAAACUUUGGCUCCACCUCCAGCCUAUGAUGCACAGUCUCCUGGUCCGAGCUCUGCCCCUGCACCCGAACCUGGCCCCUCAAACUCCUCCUCCUCCUCUUCCUGCCACCGGCGCACACGCCGUUCACACAGGAGUGGCGGGACGAGAGAUGAACGCUACAGAUCAGAUAUCCAUACUGAGGCCGUUCAGGCAGCACUGGCAAAGCAUAAAGAGGAAAAGAUGGCACUACCCAUGCCAACCAAACGGCGCUCCACAUAUGUACAGUCACCAGUUGACAACUGCACCCCGCCAGACUCUUCCUCUUCCUCUGAUGAUGAGGCAGUGUCCAGUGAAAGUGCAGGGCCUCAGCAGUCUCCUGACACCUGGAUCAACAGCUCCCUGCAUGGCUCCUCCACCUCCUCCUCUGCCUCCUCCACUCUCUCUCAUGGGGAGUCUCGGCCCACACAGGCCCCUCAGCCUCAGUCCCAGCAGGCCCCGCCCCCACCCGCACCAUCUGCCCAGCCGCCCCACUCCCACUCCCAACCCUCCGCCCUAGCUGAGGCCUUCGCCCAGACACGCAUCGAUCCUGGAGGAGGAGUUGGGCCCCCUGAUGUGCCAUCUCAAGCUCAGGCCAGAGGCUCUCGUGUGGAUCUGCCUGCCAAUGCCGUGGUGCGUGGGAUGAGUCGAGGACAGAGUCGCUCCAGCAUGAUGGAGACCGCAGACGUGAGAAGAGUAGGCAGAGGUGUUCCGGUGUCCAGUCGCGUGUCCACGAAGAUCCAGCAGCUGCUUAACACACUAAAACGACCCAAACGGCCACCACUCAGCGAGUUCUUCAUGGAUGACCAAGAGGAGAUUGUGGAAGUUCCUCAGGUAGAUCCUAACACCCCUCGGCCAGAAGGACGGCAGAUAAUCCCAGUGAAAGGGGAGCCGUUGGGUGUGGUCAGUAACUGGCCUCCUGCCCUUCAGGCAGCAUUAGCUCGAUGGGGCGCCACACAGGGCAAAAGUCCAGCCCUCACAGCUCUUGAUAUCACGGGGAAACCACUCUAUACACUUACAUACGGGAAACUUUGGAGUCGUAGUGUGAAGCUGGCCUACACUCUUCUCAACAAAUUGGGAACCAGAAAUGAGCAGAUCCUCAAACCAGGCGACAGGGUGGCGCUGGUGUAUCCCAACAGUGACCCUGGUAUGUUCUGGGUAGCGUUUUAUGGCUGUUUGUUGGCCGAAGUCAUUCCUGUGCCCAUCGAGGUUCCACUGUCAAGAAAGGAUGCUGGAAGCAGUCAGGUUGGAUUUUUGUUGGGUAGCUGUGGGGUGGGUCUGGCUUUGACAAGUGAGAUCUGUUUGAAGGGUUUACCCAAAAUACCCACCGGAGAAAUAUUGCAGUUUAAAGGCUGGCCCAGGUUAAAGUGGGUGGUGACGGACACCAAAUACCUCACCAAGCCUUCGAAAGACUGGCAGCCGCAUAUUCCAACAGCCAACACGGACACUGCUUAUAUAGAGUAUAAGGCCAGUAAAGAAGGCACAGUGAUGGGUGUUGCAGUGUCAAAGGUUGCAUUGUUAACACAUUGCCAGGCUCUCACUCAGGCCUGUAACUACUGUGAGGGAGAGACACUGGUGAAUGUUUUGGACUUUAAGAAGGACAUGGGAUUGUGGCAUGGAGUUCUCACGAGUGUGAUGAACAGAAUCCACACUAUCAGUGUUCCGUAUGCAGUAAUGAAGGCCUGUCCACUCUCCUGGGUUCAACGAGUUCACAUACACAAAGCGCGGUUGGCAUUGGUGAAAUGCCGUGACCUGCACUGGGCUAUGAUGGCUAACAGAGAUCAGAGAGAAACCAGUCUGGCCUCCUUGCGCAUGCUCAUUGUUGCUGAUGGAGCCAAUCCUUGGUCGGUGUCAUCAUGUGAUGCGUUUUUGAAUGUAUUCCAGGCUCAUGGCCUGAAGCCAGAGGUCAUAUGCCCAUGUGCUACAUCACCAGAGGCCAUGACAGUUGCCAUACGCAGGCCUGGGGUUCCCGGAGCUCCUCUUCCAGCGAGAGCCGUCCUGUCAAUGACUGGACUUAGUCAUGGGGUCAUCAGGGUCAACACUGAAGACAAGAACUCUGCUCUCACUGUACAGGACGUGGGACAUGUAAUGCCUGGUGCAUUGAUGUGUAUUGUGAAACCGGAUGGGCCACCCAUGCUGUGUAAGACUGAUGAGAUUGGAGAGAUUGUUGUGAACUCUCGUGCCGGAGGAAACAUGUACUACGGUCUGCCCGGAGUCACCAAAAACACUUUUGAGGUUAUCCCAGUCAAUGCUAGUGGUGCUCCUAUUGGUGAAAUCCCAUUUGUGCGAUCAGGACUAUUGGGGUUUGUUGGACCGGGUAGUCUGAUAUUUGUGGUGGGUAAGAAUGAGGGCUUGUUAAUGGUCAGUGGUCGUCGUCACAAUGCUGAUGAUCUGGUAGCAACAGCGCUAGCGGUGGAACCAGUCAAAACUGUGUACAGAGGGAGGAUUGCUGUGUUCUCAGUCACUGUGUUUUACGAUGAGAGGAUAGUCAUCGUAGCAGAGCAGAGGCCUGAUGCCAGUGAGGAGGACAGCUUUCAGUGGAUGAGUCGGGUUCUGCAGGCCAUCGACAGCAUUCAUCAGGUGGGAUUGUAUUGUCUAGCCCUGGUUCCUGCCAACACCCUGCCCAAAACUCCCCUGGGGGGUAUUCACAUAUCAGACACAAAACAGCUCUUCCUGGAGGGGGCGUUGCACCCUUGCAACAUCCUUAUGUGCCCCCACACCUGCGUCACCAACAUGCCCAAGCCACGUCAAAAGCAGCCAGUCGGUGUCGGCCCUGCCUCCAUCAUGUUGGGUAAUUUGGUUGCUGGGAAAAGAAUCGCACAGGCUGCAGGCAGAGAUCUGGGACUGAUAGAAGACCAAGACCUGAUCAGAAAGCUGUGCAUGUGGCCUACGAUGAUGCAUCAGUUCCUUACAGAGGCUUUACAGUGGAGAGCGCAAACAGACCCUGACCACACGCUCUAUGUGCUAUUGAAUGCAAAGGGAGUGGCAGUGUGUACAGCUACAUGUGUUCAGCUUCAUAAAAGAGCAGAGAAGAUUGCUGCUGCUCUCAUGGAGAGAAGUGGUAUCAACAUCGGAGAGAAUGUGGUGCUUUUGUAUCCACCAGGUAUAGAUCUGAUUGCAGCAUUUUAUGGGUGUUUGUAUGCUGGAUGUAUUCCUGUCACCGUGAGGCCUCCACACCCACAGAACCUCUCUGCUACUCUACCCACUGUCCGCAUGAUUAUUGAUGUCAGUAAGGCUGCCUGCAUUCUCACUACUCAGGUUUUAAUGAAAAUUCUUAGAUCUAAAGAAGCAGCAGCCUCUGUCAACAUAAAAACAUGGCCCAUCAUAAUUGACACAGAUGACUUGCCUCGCAAACGGCCUCCCACAAUCUACAAACCACCCAAUGCUGAGAUGAUCGCCUACCUGGACUUCAGUGUCUCGACCACAGGCAUGCUUACAGGGGUGAAGAUCUCUCAUGUGGCGGUGAGCGCUCUGUGUCGAUCUAUAAAGCUUCAGUGUGAGCUCUACUCCUCUCGCCAGAUCGCCAUCUGCCUCGACCCCUACUGCGGACUUGGUUUUGUGCUAUGGUGCCUUGCAAGUGUAUACUCAGGUCACCAAUCUAUUCUGAUUCCUCCAUUGGAGCUGGAGAGUUCCCUGACCCUGUGGCUGGGCACGCUCAGUCAGUACCGCAUCAGAGAUACCUUCUGCUCCUACUCUGUCAUGGAGCUCUGCACCAAGGGCCUGGGUGGACAAACUGAGCUGCUGAAGGCACGUGGUGUGAAUCUAGCGUGUGUCAGGAGCUGUGUUGUGAUUGCUGAGGAGCGUCCACGGUUGGCUCUCACACACUCAUUCUCCAAACUCUUUAAAGACAUUGGGCUCUCCAUGCGGGCUGUCAGCACCGCUUUUGGGUCGAGAGUUAACCUGGCCAUCUGCCUACAGGGUACCACUGGACCAGACUCCUCAACAGUAUAUGUGGACAUGAAGUCCCUUCGGCAUGACAGGGUGAGGUUAGUAGAGCGAGGAGCACCACAGUCUCUUCCUCUCAUGGAGUCUGGAACAAUUCUUCCAGGUGUGAGAGUGAUUAUAGUCAACCCAGAAACUAGAGGACCACUAGGAGACUCUCAUCUGGGAGAGAUUUGGGUAAACAGUCCCCACAAUGCAACAGGAUACUAUACUAUAUACGGAGAGGAAAAUCUGCAGGCCGACCACUUUAAUACUAAACUGAGCUUCGGAGAUCCACAAACACUCUGGGCUAGAACUGGAUAUCUGGGUUUUGUCAAGAGAACUGAACUCACAGACUCAAGUGGAGAUCGCCACGAUGCCCUGUUUGUGGUGGGCUCUCUGGAUGAGACUUUAGAACUGAGAGGUCUUCGAUAUCACCCCAUUGACAUUGAGACCAGUGUAUCACGUGCCCACCGCAGCAUUGGCGAGAGUGCUGUGUUCACAUGGACAAACCUGCUGGUGGUGGUGGCUGAACUCUGUGGAUCAGAGCAGGAUGCAUUAGACCUGGUUCCUCUGGUGACCAAUGUUGUAUUAGAGGAGCAUCAUCUAAUUGUGGGUGUGGUGGUUAUUGUUGACCCUGGGGUCAUCCCCAUCAACUCGAGAGGAGAGAAGCAGCGAAUGCACUUGAGAGACUCCUUCCUAGCAGAUCAAUUGGACCCCAUAUACGUAGCAUACAACAUGUGAGACGGAUUAUUGGCAAGCCAGUGGCCUCACAGAGAGGUGCUAUGGAGCCUGGCUUCAGAAUCUGUUACUUUAAGGCACACUGGGUUUGCAUUUUAAAUGAUUUGGAGACAUGGCCAUUUUUCUUCAGGGGGAUGGUGUUAACUGAAACUGUUUUUGAAAUGGGAUGCUUUUCCACCAUUGGGCCGAUCGGAUCUCAAUGCAUAACCGUGCCAGUCUGUACUUUUUUCCAUUAGAAUGGACUGACUGGGCAAGUGACCAAUCGAGAGCUGCUUCAUCACUUAAGGCAUUCCACCAUGGUUCUCUGUCCUUAGUAUGGUUAGCUGACCAUGCUAAGAAAUAUGGGCUAGGAAGGGUUUGUAAUAAUACAGUACUGAACAAUGCUCGAGUGGAAAUGCUACUGGAAAUUCACCUUGAGUCAUAGCUAAAAAUAGGCAGGUAAUCAAUUUGACCGGUAUAUUUAAACCAGUAUCCUUACUUCUUUAAUAUCGGGUCCACCAAUUAAUGGCACUCUUUGGUGGGUCUCUAAAAAUGUCAUUACACCACUGUGAAACAGUUACCCACGUUCACAUGUAAUUUAGCCUACUUAUUUAAUGUAUUGUUUGCAAACAUUGCUCAACUUAUGGCUGUUUAAAUAACAGCCAGUCUUAUUAUUGUAGUCUAAUGAUAAUUUAGUGUCAAAGAGCAAAAUAAAAAAAUAUAUAAAAUAGGUUCUGAAAUAUCAUUAGCAGACACUUCAACAUAAAAAUAACCUGUAACAUAUAGUGACGAUACUAUAGACUAGAGAGUCGUGAUGACCAUUUUUUUAACAGUGCUAUGGACCGAGGUGAGUUACGUUGUUUUUAUUAACUACUUUGUGUUGUUAAGACAACCAACAACUGUGCAAGUUGAGCCUGAACUAAUUUUUUCUCCAACUAACAUUUGAAAUGGUUGUUGUUCUCCAUCUGGAACGCUCAUAUUGGUAGUUUUUACAUUGCUUUUAAUGGAGACCGGAACCAAAAAACAGUCCAGCAGCAAUCAGAAUCAUCAUGGUGGUGCCCAGUGGUUAAUCAGAAAAACUGUGGAUUUUAGCUCUAUCUGUAUUCAUUUAAAAAGUCACAGUUUGGAAGUUUUUUAGUGAUUAUUUCCUCUGAUGUGCAACUGACCACCUCAAAAGAAAUUAACCCUAUCUAUGGUACUGUGUUAUAGGGCUGUUUUGAGCCCUGUGGCCAUUUGUCAUUUAUCAGAUGCUUUUUAUUCAAAGCAGCUUACAGUACACUUAAUACAGGGACAGUGGCUUCAAAAAUGGGGUUAAGUGCCUUGCUCAAGGGCAGUAUGGUGAUAGGACAUCUCUGGAAUGGUGUAGUUCAUUAAAUGCUCUUACCCUGGUUUACGCUGAUCGUUUCGCUGUCAGGCAGGAUGGGGGCUCGAGGCAAAUCUGGGGGGCCCCUAACCACUCCUCAAGACCCGGUCAUGUCACAAACCAAACAGAAUACAAAAACUGAGGAAUCACUCUAUUUUUCCUCUCAACUAAAGGUGCUUUUACACAUCAGGACAAGCCAUUAUAUAUAUAUAUAUAUAUAUAUAUAUAUAUAUAUA